AUGAAGGUGACGGGCGCGCUCCUGUCGACGCUCUGGCUGGCAGCCGUCGAGGCCAACACGUGCCAACCCUCUGGUCCAUUUACUGGGACGCCGUUUAGCUAUGUUCCCCCGGAGAACGCCACCGUCCUGAACCCCUAUGGCGCUUCUCCCGCCGUGCAUCCGUCUCCGAAAACGACGGGGAAUGGAGGCUGGGAAAAGGCCGUGAAACAGGCCAAACACUUUGUCUCUCAGCUGACCGACGACGAGAAGGCGUGGAUGGCCACGGGUCAGCCGGGUCCUUGUGUGGGCAACGUGCUGCCCAUCCCUCGGCUCAAUUUCACCGGUCUGUGUCUACAAAACGGUCCCCAAUGCGUUCAGCAGGGUGACUACUCCAGCGUGUUCGUUAGCGGCGUGUCGGCUGCCGCCAGCUGGGACCGGAAAUUGCUGUACGAUCGAGCCUACGCCCAGGCGCAGGAGCAUAAACAGAAAGGCUCCCAUGUCAUCCUGGGUCCCGUGGCCGGUCCGCUGGGUCGCAGCCCCUACGGAGGACGCUCCUGGGAAGGAUUCGCCGCCGACCCGUAUCUGACGGGAGUCUGCAUGGAGAAAUCCAUCCUGGGAAUGCAGGACGCCGGAGUGCAGGCGAACGCGAAGCACUUCAUCGCGAACGAGCAGGAGACGCAGCGCAACCCCACCUACCGCCCCGAUGCCAACGAAACCACCUACAUUCAGGACUCGGUAUCGGCCAACGUGGAUGAUCGCACGCUGCACGAGAUCUACAUGUGGCCGUUUGCCAAUGCGGCCAAGGCGCGCGUUGCCAGCUUCAUGUGCUCCUACAAUCGACUCAAUGGCUCGCAUUCCUGCCAGAACUCGUACUUGCUGAACCACCUGCUCAAGGGUGAACUGGGCUUCCAGGGCUACGUCAUGUCGGACUGGGGUGCGACCCAUAGCGGCGUCGCCUCCAUCGAGAGUGGCAUGGACAUGACGAUGCCCGGCGGCUUCACGGUGUACGGAGAGCUGUGGACGGAGGGUUCGUUCUUCGGAAAGAACCUGACGGAGGCCAUCAAGAACGGUACCGUCAGUUCCGAUCGGAUCGAUGACAUGAUUGUCCGCAUCAUGACGCCCUAUUACUGGCUCGGUCAGGAUAAGCCAUCCUACCCCAGCGUGGACUCUCAGGUGGCCUUGCUCAACACUGACUCCCCCAUCAAGGACUGGCUGUAUGACUGGAAGUUCACGGGGUCGAGCAACCGCGACGUCCGGGGCAAUCAUAGUGCCCUGAUUCGCCAACACGGCGCUGCAUCGACGGUGCUUCUCAAGAACGAGCGAAACGCCUUGCCCCUGCGCAAGCCUCGCAACAUUGUCAUUGCUGGAAACGACGCCGGCCCGAUCAUCGAUGCCGCCACCACGCGAUCCAACGCCGAAUACGGUGUGCUAGUGAACUCGGGCUCGUCGGGGUCUUGCCGAUUGACCACCUUGUCGACACCUCUGGAGGCCAUCACGGCUCGCGCUCUCCGACACGGUGGCAUCGUGCAGCCCUAUUUGAACAACACCCUGGUCGCGGAGAACUCCCUCCCGUCCCUACUCACCGUCCAAUCCCCGGAUGUCUGCCUGGUCUUUCUCAAGUCGUACGGCCAGGAAGGCGAAGACCGUCAGACGUUGGAGUUUGACUGGGACGGCAACAAGGUCGUCGAGUCAGUCGCCAACGACUGCAAUAACACCGUCGUUGUCACCCAUUCCGCCGGCGUCAACGUCUUCCCCUUCGCAGACCAUCCCAACGUCACCGCCAUUCUCGCCGCGCAUUAUCCCGGCGAGCAGGCCGGCAAUGCCAUCGCAGACCUCCUGUACGGCGACGUGAAUCCGUCCGCCAAGCUUCCCUACGUGAUCGCCUACAACGAGUCCGACUACAACGCGCCGCUGACCACCGGAUCCGCCACGAACGGCACCUACGACUGGCAGAGCUGGUUUGACGAGAAGCUGGAAGUCGGCUAUCGCUACUUCGACGCCCACGAUAUCCCCGUUCGCUACGAGUUUGGAUUUGGCCUCAGCUACACGACCUUCAACCUGACCACCCUCUCCCCCAAGACCUCGGUUCCGUUCAACCUGACCGCCCUGCCCGAGGCCCGUCCCGUCCAGCCCGGCGGCAAUCCCGCACUCUGGGACAAGGUAUACUCUCUGACCGCGCAGGUCUCCAACGCGGGUGAUGUCGACGGAUUCGCCAUUCCCCAGCUCUACGUGCAGUUCCCCUCCUCCGCUCCCUCUGGUACUCCCCCGAAUCAGCUGCGUGGCUUCGACAAGGUCUGGCUGCGGGCAGGGGAGACCAAGACGGUGACCUUUGACCUGAUGCGUCGGGACCUCAGUUACUGGGAUGUCGUCGCCCAGGAUUGGCGCAUUCCAACCGGUGCUUUUACCUUUAAAGCCGGCUUCAGUAGUCGGGACUUCCGGGCCAAGGCCACGGCGACUCUGUUGAAGUGA